AGGAUGAGAAAACCCUUUCUUUUCCUUCUUCUUGUCUGCAUAAGUACUAGCCUGCUCGAUUUGAACAAAAUAAACCAACUUAAGAAACGGCUGGCUGAAAUGCAUUCGGAUCUAGACGUUGAUCAUCUACUUGCAAUUCGGAGAAAGCUGGAUAGACGUGCGAAAGUACCAAAGUUGGAUCUGCAACAGCAGAUUAGUCUGAGGGAAAGGCUGAAGGCACUGAAAACUAUUGAAUGGACGGAAGACAACUCGAUUGAAGCUAUAAACGAGAGAAGCGGAAUGUCUGAACUAUUGUAUCAAGGAGAUAUGAUCCUAACAGAGUAAACCCAAACAGAUUUGAGCAGACAAAUCCGCC